AGCACAAGACACAUCUAAGGAUUGCGCAGCAAAUCUGGAGGACCUCUUGUGGUCUUUUCUGUUGACGUGCUAUAAUGGGGAUGGAUCGGCGGCGGAGAGUGUCUCUCGCGCUCACCUUGAACUUCAUCGCGCUGAUUCUCGCCAUUUCCGCACUGACCACCAGCUACUGGUGUGAGGGGAACCGAAAAGUUGUGAAACCCUUCUGCACCGGGCCGGCGACAGUAAAACAAACACACUGCAUUCGAUAUAACAGCUCAAAUAUAAAUGACAGCAAGUUGGUUCAGUACAUCUGGGACACCGGUGAGGAUAAAUUUGUUCUGAGGAAGUUCCACACCGGCAUUUGGUUUUCGUGUGAGCAGAAUGUCGACCUUGUGGGUGAGAAAUGCAGAAGUUUCAUAAAUGUUGCCCCACCCCAUGAGAGAGGUGUCUUAUGGCUAUGCAUUGUGACGGAGUGUCUCUACAUCUUACUUUUGGCCACUGGAGGAAUUCUCAUGUCCAUUGAGGUCUGCCAUUUAGGAAACGUCAUUGACGGACUCAAACUGAAUGCCUUUGCUGCCAUAUUCACAGUCUUGUCAGGUCUUCUUGGUAUGGUAGCACACAUGAUGUUCACCACAGCAUUUCAGCUGACCGUGAGUCUGGGCCCUGAAGACUGGAAACCACAAAACUGGGACUACAGCUGGUCUUACAUCUUGGCUUGGAGCUCAUUCACUGCCUGCAUGGCUUCAUCUGUAACGACCAUAAACAGAUACACUAAGACUAUUCUGGAGUUCAAACACAAGCGAAAGAACAUUGAGAAGAAUCUGAAGAUCAAGCAGAAGUUGCUGGACCUGGACUCUCCAGACCAGGUGUGGGACAUGUACAUCAGCUCCAUGCCCAGUACAGCUGAGGAGUUUCUGGACCUGUCCAGUUCUGGGCGGAAGCUCUCCACCAAUUCUGUCUUCCUGGACAUUAAUGACCUGCCAUCUCCACAGGGAGAAGAGUACUGUUAAAGCCAAUACAAUGGACCAUCUCAUUAAUACAGCAUACUGUAACCAUCCUUUGCUUGGUACUUCUGUGUGUCCUCAACAGACUGAAACUGGCCUCACAUUAUAGUGUAGCCUGAGACCCAAGAAAGUCUUGGUUCAGGGCUCUUUAAACGGAUAGUUCGCCCAAAAAUAAAAUUCUCGAAUCAUUUACUUACCUUUAUGUUUAUCCCAGUAUGACUCUAUUUUGUGUAACACAAAAGGGGAUGUUGGGAUCAAAGUUAGUCUCAGUCACCAUUUACUUUUAAGCCCAAAUUAUACUUCAAUUUGGACACGAACGCUUAGCGUCUGCGUACAGUCGAAUGCGAGCCUGUCAAAAUAUACUCCAUUUGACGGUGCGCGCAUACACAGACGGCAGUCGCGUGCGCGCUACGACUGCUAUGAGACACCAGACAAUUUCUCUUCAGGAGUUUAGACCCAUAAAGAUGUCUUUAUAGUCCUUCAUACUCGAGUUACACAAAUGCAGGUAUCUCCUGACCUCCUCACGCACACUUAUUUGAAGUACUUUUGUUAUUACCUUAGUCUCCUGUUAUUUACCGGUGAUUAUGUCUUCUAGUGUUUCUUUAUCACAGCAACAGCUCAAAUGUGAGUACUGCCACCUUGUUGAUCCACUAAUUCGUGCAAAUAAUUCCAUGCGCAUUCUGUGUGUUCAAAGACGCCCGGUUAGAAAAAUGGGGCUGUGCGCGUUCAUUGCUCGUGCACUCUGCUGAUUAUGAGAUUUGCGUCACGCGUCCAGAGUUCGCGUCUGACCGAAGUAUACUUUGGGUUUUAUUGUAUGGAAAAAAAGAUGCAAUGAAAGUGAAUGGUGACUGAGACUAACAUUCCCUCUUACAUUUAUUUUCAUGUUCCACAGAAGAAAGUCAUACAGGUUUGGAACAACAUGAAGGUGAGUAAAUGAUGACAAAAUCUUUAUUUUUGGGUGAGCUCUCCCUGCUCUUGGCAUAAUACUUUGUUUGAUGUACUCUGUUGUAUUGUUGUUUGCUGAAGGUGAUGCUGUGGGUUUUAGUUUGUUUAUGAUGCUGGUAUUUUAUGAGAGUGUAUAAAAGUAAUUCUGGGACCAAAACUGGGAUGGAUGACCAAUUUUCUUGAACCUAAGAGAAUGAAAUGUGACACAAGGGAUUUUUUUUUUCCCUAACUGUUCAAAUGGCAUAAGAACCAUGCACAUACUCUGAAAGCUGCCAGACUGACAACACAGAAUAUUUUCAAUAGAAAUGGGUGUUCUAAUUUGUGUGAAAACUGUCUGCUGCUUUAGAUUUUCCCUCUGUGAUGUAUUACUAAGUAAUUUUAAAAUGUUACCAAAUGUAUCCUGAGGAUAUGUAUCCUCUUUUCUAUAUUAGUUCUAUUGAAAAACACAUUACUUUGCUGAGUGCCUUUGUUUGUGAAAUUGAUCUAGGUUCAUUAACCAUUGCAUGCAAAAAAUACUGAAAAACUUUUAUUUUCUAUAGUAUUUUAAUAUAUAGUAUUAAAUAUAUAGCAUUUAAAAUAGGAAUUUGUUUUUAAUUUUAGACAAAGCAUUCAUAAAUAUUGCAUUCGAUAGAAUGCAAAGACUUGUAUGUCUGUCAUUGUGUAACAAGUUUCAAGCUGAAAAGAAACUAGCAGCCUGCAGAAGUUUGGGAUGUUUAGGAUGAAAAAGUUAUCCAUGCGGUCUAAGUUACUUGAUCUCAUUAUUAUUAUGUAUAGAAUAUUAUCAAAUUAUAUUUAUUGUAAUAAUAUUAUAAUUCUUAUAAUAUUAUCAUAAUAUACUAUAAUUUUAUUAUAAGCUUUAUAUUUGAACUUGUUUCCAAAACAAUAAAUGAUAAAAUCAUAAUUAAUUUAUUUUAUUUUUUUAUGUGUUUAUUAACUGUUAUUGAGUCUUUGUACAGCCAAAAUAAACUGUUUACAUUUUAUGUGCAAUAAUGAACCAUAUACAUAAUUAAAAUACUUUUUUUACAGUUAUGUACAAGCGGCGUAUAGUAUAAUGUGGAUUAAUUCAUCUGAACAAUAUUGUAGACAACUGGUUUUAAAUGCAUGUCAGCUUAUAUAAGAAUAUUCAUGUUUAAUUUUGUAUUCUCUCAAAAGUUAGAUAAUUACUAUAUUUGUUGUUUUUGUUUUGUUUUUUAUUAAUUGAUUUCCUUUGACUACAGUAUAUUGAUGAAUUGUAGAUUUUGCAAAAGUAACCUGAAGUAGAGACAACAAUAAUAAAGAACUUUAUGUC